AUGUGUGGUUAUCUGUAUAGAAGGCUUGUAAAUGCGCAAGUUUUACCUAAUAUUUGCAGGUGUGUCGUGCAAAAUUUAGGCACUAAUCCUCUGGAUUUGUGUUUGAGUUUGUUGCCCACUAUCAUUAGAUCAUUCUCCACCAAAAUCGAACAAGUUAGAAAGGAUUACUUAUUUACUGUGUCAUACCUCAUAAACUCAUGUGGGUUGUCCCCAGAAAUAGCAGAAUCUGUCUCCAAAAGAAUCAAGCUUCAAUCUGCUGAAAAACCAGAUUCGGUCCUGAAAGUUCUAAGAAACAGUGGAUUUACGACUGUCCAUAUAACCAAAAUUGUUAGAAUGCGCCCUAUUUUACUUUUAGCCAAUCCUGAGAGGUCAAUUUUGCCUAAAUUUGAGUUUUUCAAAUCUUUGGGGAUCACAGCUGCUGAGCUUGCGAGUGUUUGCUCUUUAACUCCUGCUAUAUUGGGUCACAGUUUGGAGAACCUACUCAUUCCUAACUUUAAAUUCCUCAAAAGUGUGACACUCUCUGAUGCUAAUAUUAUUAAAUCGUUUAGAAACGAUUCAUGGCUCUUUACAUUUGAUUUGGCAAAGAAUGUGUCUCCAAAACUUGCAGUCCUGAAAGAACUUGGAAUGUCGGAGUCGUUUUUUGCACUUAUUUUAACAUGUUAUGCGCCUAUAGUCCUCCAAAAACGUGAGAAGUUCGACAAAAAUGUCAAGAAGGUUAUUGAAAUGGGUUUUGAUCCUCGGAAAUGUGGGUUCAUCCAUGCAAUGAAGGUGUUUGUCUCAAUGACUGAAUCAACUUUGGAACAAAAAUUUGACCUUUUCAAGGGGUGGGGGUGGUCUAAUGAGGACAUUAAGUUGGUGUUCAAAAAAUGCCCCAUUUGUAUGAAUGCCUCUGAAAGCAAAAUAAUGAAUGGAAUGGAUUUUCUUGUGAACAAGACGGGUUGGCAGUCCACAUAUAUGGCCUUGUUUCCAAACGUUUUCCUUAUGAGUUUAGAACAGAGGGUAAUUCCAAGGUGUUUGGUAAUUAAAGUUCUGCAAUCGAAGGGAUUGGUGAAGAAAAUUUUGAGCCUAUGUGCAUGUGUAAAACCUGUUGAGAAGGUAUUUUGGAUAGGUUUGUGA